ACCCUAAUUUGAUUAUUUAUAAAUAAGGUUUUCCAGAACACAAAUCUUCCCCUACCUCGCAAUUCGUCAGCCGCGGCGCAUUUCGUUCCUUCCGGCGAAGAAAAACCAAAGCACCAAGCUAUGGGACACUCUAACGUUUGGAACUCUCACCCCAAGACCUACGGUCCUGGUUCUCGUACUUGCCGUGUUUGUGGGAAUCCACAUGGAUUGAUCAGGAAGUAUGGUCUUAUGUGUUGCAGACAAUGCUUCCGUAGCAAUGCCAAGGAAAUUGGCUUCAUCAAGUACCGCUAAGGAGUUGUCUGAGCCCAACCAAAUUUAGGCUCUGCAUUAGAAUGUGUGAGGUGGUUAUGUUUGAAACUACUUGACAAUUGUUUUUUUGCAUCUAGUUUAUGGUAUCAGACUAUUUUUGUUGAAUUAAGAACCCUUUUAUAUAUAUUGCUUUUAACCAUCUAUAUCUCUA